GUGGGGGCUGUGACAUUUCAAUAAACCUUUUCAAUAGCUAAGUGAACAUCCUCGAGCCUACAGGAAAAGGAAAAUCUACAGAGGUAUAGAAUAGAGCACAUUUAGUGUUAAGUGCAGUAAUUGCCCAUAUCAAACUUUCAUUGGACGGUUGACAGGAUGCCUGGAGGAGACGUUGUCUACAUAGUGCUGGAGGUUCUGAUCGCUGUUGCCUGCUGUCUGGGAAAUGUCCUGGUGAUCUGGGCAGUGUGGUCGAGCAGCAACCUCCGGCAGCCCACCUUCUGUUUUUUGGUCUCUCUGGCUGCAGCUGACUUCCUUGUAGGUUCUGUGGCUGUGCCGCUGGCUGUGCUGGUGGAUGGACGGGUGUGCACCUCGUUCAAUGUAUGUCUCUUCAUAAGCUGUGUGGUCAUCAUGUUGACAAUGUCUUCGGUCAUGUCUCUGCUAGCCAUCUCUGUGGACAGAUUCCUACGCGUCUUCAUCCCUCUCAGGUACAAGAGGACAGUGACAAAGAGGAGAUCUUGGGUGGUGGUGGCAAUAUGUUGGUUUGUUGCCUUCAUGUUGAGCUUCCCACCCAUGCUUGGGUGGUACAACCAUGACACCUUGUCUCACUCAGGGAACUCAACCACCAUCAUCUGCCGUUUCCUGGCUGUGAUUCCCAUGUCAUACCUGGUUUACUUUUUCUUCUUCCUCUGCACCCUCACUCCGUUGCUUGUCAUGGCUGUCCUGUACUGCUACAUCUUCUGUAUCAUACAAAAGAACCUGCGAGAGAAGACGGGGAGCGGUGCCCAGUCCCACACCUACUUCACAAAGGAAAGGUGCCUGGCCCGAUCCCUGACUCUGGUCCUGCUGCUCUUCACCUUUUGCUGGUUCCCUCUGGACAUCAUGAACUGUGUUGCCUACUUUGGUAACCCAUCAGACAUACCCCAACAGGCCUUCUACGUGGGCAUCCUCCUCUCCCAUGGCAAUUCAGCUGUCAACCCGAUCGUUUAUGCCUUCAAGAUCCGCAAGAUCCAGGAAGCGUACCUGAGGAUCUGGAGGAAUGUCUUUGUGUGUCGAGGUGACAGUCAGGGCUCUCAGAGCAACCAGACCAGUGAAAACAUUAUCAGCAGCAACCCUAACAGUGCAGAUAGAAAUAUUGAUGGAAAUGCUAUCAGUGUUGUGAAAAUUGACACAGUUGAAGGUACAAGCAUGUUGAUAGUGUAGGAAGACAAAAGAAGUGAUAGUCGCUUAGCUUUUUUUUCUUUGGCAAAGUGCAUCAAGACCUUAGAACCUGUAUAAUACGGGAAACUACUGCCAGGGUGUUAUACAUUGGCAUAUUUUAAUAUUUGGCAUUUGUUGAAAAAAACUGAGGGAUAAAAAUAGACAGAGGAUGUUGCAAGGAAGUCAAGUAAGUGGGCUCUUACAGGUUUCAUUUUACUCGUAUCGAUUUCCUGUUUAAAGACUCGUGUUUCUUUUUUAUAUUUUUCUUCUGUAUGAUAAUGUUGCCCAGAAAUGGAAAUAACAUGCACUAUUUGGCAGUUAUCACAAAAAAAUAUGUAGGAAAGAAAUGUGCAAUCUCAUUCAAUGAUUUGUCUGCUUCAGCAAUAAAUGGUUAUAUUGA